AUGUUCAACGAGAACUUCUCCUUUGGAAGGGCCGACUCGAUCGUCACCGAAUCGACUAGCACAGACAUCUCACCUUACACCUCAAGAUGUUCGUCACCAAGAAAUGAAUCAUUCUGUCCGCGGUCACAGCCAUAUCCACGUCGAGACUCUCGCUUCGACAGCUGGCGAGCACCGAGACACCCCUCCGUCACUGCGCUGACGGCCCAACUCGAGCACCAUGCCAUAACCGAUAACAUCGUUCCCAAUUCUCCUGAAUCAGUCGCUUCACCAAGCGACUCACUAUACGAUGAUGGCUAUUACGAUGGCCCAGAUACUCCCGCUACAGAGUGCUCGGACGAGUCCAGCGACUUCGACCCGGCUCUCUGGGACCUGAGUGCCUGCGAAUACAGCGCCACUUCGUCGCCUCGCCCCUCACUAUCACUUGAGGCACAAGCAUUCUCCUCGUACACAAUGCGCCGGCGCCAACGUCAGGCUUUGGUCAGAUUACAGUGCAUUGCCCAGCGCACACCAGAUCUCGCAAUGCUCCUUGAGGAAUGCCACCCAAGUUCUCUGCCGCAAUCCAGCGAAUUGGCCACAGGCCGGACGAACAGUAAUGCCGGUCUCGCAGGCUACAAGAUUGAGAAAACGAGAUCAGAGAUAAGGUCGAGACGAGGGACAAAGACCCGCAAAAGCACGAAGUGA